GUCAAUUCACCAUGGUAGUUCACCAAAUAAGAAAUAUUUAGAGAGGGCAUUUUAAAUGUAAAAAGGAAAAGCUGACUAGCGCUAGGUUUGGAAUCGCCUUCACAAUAAAAAUGGCGGAUGCCGCUGGCAAUCUUCAAGAAAUCUUGAAACCUUUCUACCGAAGAGCUUCAGAGGCUGAGGACCGUUUGGCAAGGCUGGAAGCCUCCAUUGUCAGCAAGAACAGUUCUAGAAAUAAUGAGGAACUAGCAAAACUGGUUCUUGAAUUGCAAUUGAAGUUGGAUGAAGCAAAAACAGAACUUUUCAAAGAGAAAGAGAAGAGUCUGAAAGAGGCUCAAAAUCUCGCCGCAGAAAAUGAAAAACUCCAAAACCGUAUUAUACAUCUCGUGCGAGCCUUGAAGGAAGCUGAUUGCAAAAUAGCAUCAAUCUGAGGCUGCCGAUAAAAUUCAUCAUUAUAUUUCCAUCAAGGUGUCCUGAACUAGUUGGGCAUUCACUGUUCUUUCGGACACUUACUCUGGAUUGUAUCGAACUGAAGUAUCGAUUAGGUGGAGGCUGUUUAGUUUACUGCUUCUCCCAUCUUCUCUGGCUAUUUUUAGGACAUUGAGAGAUUGGUCUUUGUGGCACUCGUUUGAACCAAAACUCCAAUUUAUUGGUAUGAAACAUGGAUUUGUUGAAAACCUGAAGUUUUGGAUAUUUUGGUUGAACCUAGGGAUCGAGAAUCGCCGCCGCCGCCGCGGAUCGACAAUGGUCUUCUCAACUCCGUCGUCGUCGUCGUCGCAGAGCGAGCACGCCCUUUUCAUCUUCACCCUAAUCAUCCUGUGGUACUCCUCCAACAUCGGCGUCCUCCUCCUCAACAAAUUCCUCCUCUCCAACUACGGCUUCGCCUUCCCGAUCUUCCUCACCAUGUGCCACAUGACCGCCUGCGCCCUCCUCAGCUACGUCUCCAUCCUCUUCCUCAAGGUCGUCCCUUUCCAGCGGAUCAAGUCCAGAUCUC